AUGUUCGGUGAGCUGAAAAUAAUACCAAUUCUUCUGUCUAUAGCUCUUUCGAAUGACCAUCUGGCCAAAAUUCAACUGUUUGCGCAGUACUCUGCUGCCGCUUACUGUGACCAUAACAACGACGACGGUAUCCUUGGAAGCGUACGGUGUCUGGAAGGGGUUUGUCCGCUGGUCGAAGCUGCUGGUGCCCGAACAAUAGCAGAGUUCAAUGAAGAGGACAUCCGCGGCUUCGUAGCUGUGGACGACACCCACCGACUUCUUAUCGUAUCGUUUCGCGGUAGCAAUUCUGUGCGAAACUGGAUCAAGAACUUCCAAUUCUGGAAGAUAGACGAGCCAGGACCAAGGGGAUUCUGGGACAAGCUCUUCGGGUCAGACAAGCCUCAGCGUGGUAACGACAUCUGCUCGUGCGGAAUACACUCUGGAUUCUAUCGGUCCUGGCAGCUCCUGAAAGCUGAAGUUAUGGACGCACUCACCCGGGCUAGACAGACGCACAGUGACUAUCAUGUGGUCGUUACUGGUCACUCUCUGGGUGCUGCUAUUGCUACUAUCGCUGGCGCGUACCUUCGCACGAUGCAGAUACCCUGCGAUAUAUAUUCCUAUGGUUCCCCACGCGUCGGGGACACGCGGUUUGCAGAGUUCGUCUCUGCUCAGCCAGGCUUCACAGCACGGAUAACUCACGGAUAUGACCCAGUGCCAUCACUACCCCCAAUGAGCCUGUUCGGGGUUUAUGAUCUUGGUUAUAGACAUAUCUGGCCUGAGUACUGGAUUUCCGGUACAUCCCAAAAUAGCACUGAUAUCAUCCAGGUGUGUCGUGGGCUGGAGAAUCUAUCAUGCAAUGGCACACGCCAAACAGGGUUCAGCUUUAAUAUUGAAGAUCAUCGAUAUUACCUAGGCCAUAUAACCGCAUGUGGACCGAAGUUCACAUACCGUGAUAUGGAGGAAAGCUGGAGCGCCGAGGAUCUAGAUCGUCUCCGAAUGCUCGCCGGCAACGAUAGCUUCUUCGCAACCCAUUAUAUCUCCAACAGAACCAGCGCUUAA